CAGGUAUCGGGCAAAAGGGGUGGCAAUGAUGGCGCUGGUCUUCUGAAGCGGGGAAGGGGCGAAGGUGGGAAGGCGCGAGCGGGCGAAGGAGUGACCGAGUGGCAGCCGUCGGCGUCCUUCUUGGCGGCGGUUUAAGGUUAUUUGGAUUAUUGCCUGAUGUGAAAAAUGGGAGAAAUCGAAGGCACUUACAGAGUAUUGCAAACUCCAGGAUCUCGUUUGGGAGUGCAGAAAAAUUCCGGAGUGAGUACUCUGGAACCAGGACAGAAUAUUUCUUCUGCCAUGGUCUCAACAUCUCCUAGAACAUAUGAAAGAUCUAUACAAAUCAAAGUCAAGCUUUUGGAUAACACCCAGGAAGUACUUGAUAUUGAGUCAAAAUGUUGUGGCCAGAAACUACUGACAGAGAUAUUUGAUCGUCUGAAUUUGGUUGAAUCUGACUAUUUUGGAAUUGAAUUCCAAAACUUGCAAUCUUAUUGGAUUUGGUUGGAGCCUAUGAAACCUAUUGUAAAACAAGUAAGAAGACCAAAGAACACUGUGCUUCGUCUAGCUGUAAAAUUCUUUCCUCCAGAUCCUGGCCAAUUGCAAGAGGAGUACACUAGAUAUCUGUUUGCACUGCAAAUGAAGAGAGAUCUGGCAGAGGAACGCCUUACCUGUAAUGACAAUACAGCAGCACUCCUUGUAUCUCAUCUUCUACAAUCGGAAAUUGGGGAUUUUGAUGAAUCAGGAGAUCACGAACAUCUUAAAAACAACCAAUACUUUCCAAACCAGGAAAGACUGCAAGAAAAAAUACUUGCAUUUCACAGAAAGCAUAUGGGUGAAACUCCUGCUGAAUCAGACUUCCAGGUGCUUGAAAUAGGUCGGAAAUUAGAAAUGUAUGGCAUGAGAUUUCACUUGGCAUCUGAUCGUGAAGGGACAAAAAUCAAUUUGGCUGUUUCGAACAUGGGUGUAUUGGUUUUCCAGGGCAAUAUAAAAAUCAAUACUUUCAACUGGUCCAAAAUCCGAAAAAUAAGCUUCAAGAGAAAACGAUUUCUUAUCAAGCUUCAUCCAGAAGUUCAUGGCCCAUAUCAGGAUACUUUAGAAUUUCUUUUGGGAGGUAGAGAUGAGUGCAAGAAUCUCUGGAAGAUAUGUGUUGAGUAUCAUACAUUCUUUAGAUUAUCUGAUCAACCCAAGCCCAAACCCAAACCAGUCUUCUUCAGCAGAGGAUCAUCUUUCAGAUACAGUGGACGAACACAAAAACAAUUGGUGGAUUACGUAAGAGAGAGUGGGUUGAAGAAAAUUCCUUAUGAAAGGAGGCAUAGCAAAACUAGAAUGUCUGCUCACACCUUGAGUCCUGAUGCACCCAAACAGAGUAUCUCAUUUACAGAGGGGUUAAGAAUUCCAGCAUCUAAUGCAUGCACAUAUGCCUCCUUCCAUAUGGAUAAUUUAUUACCUUCAAACAUUGCCAGCUUGUCCUCUUUGACAGAAAGCAAUUCUUUCUUUUUGGAACCCAGAAUGUCACAUGGCGGGAGCUUAUCAGCAGAAGGAAAUAGUAUAAUAACAGAAGAAACUGGGAAGAAAGUGGUACAACAACCUGCAUCACCAAACCUCCAGUCAUUCCAAGGUCCUCAACUCUCUUCUUUUAAAGUGAAGAGUGCAGUGUCCUUGAAUCCCCCAUUACAGGAAACUGUGGUCCAGGGCUCAUCUCCUCUGCUGAGUCCUGUCCUGAGUGAUGUUAGUGGAGCCAGGUUUGAAGAAGAGGAUGAAACGAAACAUAAAAAAUGCCCAACAGACAAAGCAUAUUUCAUUGCAAAGGAAAUCCUUGCUACUGAACGAACGUACCUAAAAGACCUGGAAGUUCUAACACUAUGGUUCCGCAGUGCAGUUUUCAAGGAGAAUGCAAUGCCUGAAGCUCUCAUGACCUUAUUCUUCUCCAAUAUAGAUCCUAUCUAUGAGUUUCACAGAGGCUUUUUGAAAGAGCUUGAGCAGAGACUAGCACUCUGGGAAGGGCGAUCAAGUUCUGGUAAAGGAGAUUAUCAGCGGAUUGGAGAUGUCAUGCUGAGAAAUGUGCAAAUAUUGAAGGAAUUUACCAACUAUCUGCAAAAACAUGAUGAAGUCUUGAUGGAGCUUGAGAAAGCAACUAAGCGUAUUAAGAAACUAGAAAUAGUUUAUAAGGAAUUUGAACUCCAAAGAGUUUGCUAUUUGCCCCUUAACACUUUCCUGCUCAAGCCUAUCCACCGGAUAAUAUACUACAAGUUGAUCUUGGGAAGACUUUGUAAACACUAUCCAGCAGAUCAUCGAGACUACAGUGAUUGCAAGAAUGCACUGAAGGAAAUUGCAAACAUGACAUCGCAACUUCAAAACAGUUUGAUCCGGCUGGAGAAUUUCCAGAAACUAAUAGAGCUACAGCAUGAUCUUCUUGGUACUGAUAAUCUCAUAGCACCUGGAAGGGAAUUUAUUCGAGAAGGUUGCUUGUACAAACUUACCAAAAAGGGCUUACAGCAAAGGAUGUUCUUUCUGUUUUCAGAUACAUUGCUGUAUACAAGUAAAGGUGUAACAGGGACGAAUCAGUUCAAAAUACGAGGACACCUCCCUCUGCAUGGGAUGCUGGUGGAAGAGAGUGAAAAUGAAUGGUCUGUCCCUCAUUGCUUCACAAUCUAUUCAGCUCAAAAAACUGUAGUAGUGGCAGCAAGCACUCGUCUGGAAAUGGAAAAAUGGUUGGAGGACUUGAAUAUGGCAAUUGAAAUGGCCAAGAAAACUGUUGAGAAAUCUGGCGUGUUCCUUGAAAAUUCUUUGUCCAGCCGUUCUAACAGAUCCUCAGAUGAGGUUUCUCUAGAGCAGGAGUCCGAAGAGGACAUUCAUUCUUCUCGUAGCUCCCUGGACAGGCAGAGCCACCACCGGGCCAACACUACCAUACAUGUCUGUUGGUACCGCAAUACCAGUGUCUCCAUGACUGAUCACAGUGUGGCCGUCGAGAACCAGCUAUCAGGGUAUCUGUUGAGGAAGUUCAAAAAUAGUAAUGGUUGGCAGAAGCUGUGGGUUGUUUUUACAAAUUUCUGUCUGUUCUUUUACAAAACACAUCAGGACGAUUAUCCACUGGCGAGUUUACCACUUAUUGGUUACAUAAUCAACUUGCCCACAGAGGAAGAUGGCAUUCAGAAAGAUUAUGUCUUCAAGCUGCAAUUUAAAUCUCAUGUCUACUUCUUCAGGGCUGAGAGCAAGUAUACUUUCGAAAGGUGGGUGGAAGUAAUAAAGAGAGCCACAAGUUCUCCUGGAAGAUCCAGCCUUUUGACCACAAAGGAUGAAAAGGAAAGUAACAUAAACUGAAAAAGAUAGAGCUGGCUCUCUGUUGUAAAUUAUGUGCAGCAAUCUGGUGGAAGAUAGGAGUCUGACUGGCAACAAUCAAAGGAGACUUCUGUUACUUGCUGUAAACGGUGGUCAAUUUUACUGUAGUAUGAAACACGGACUAAACUCCCACUAAACUCAAAUCCAAAGAGAAAAUAUGGGUACUGGAUUUAUAUAUGGCUCAACGUUGUUGUUUCUAUUUAUGUAAAUAGAAUAAUUGGAAGUGUUUGGAUGGUCUGAAAUCCUGUGAUUUUGAGUUUAUUUCCUAGGACCCUUGAAUGUUUAGUUUGUAUUUAGUAACAAUCCUUGUGCAACUUGCACACCAGAUAGGUAAAAAAAAACCAACCCCAUAUUUUGCAAACUAUCUUUACAUUGUUUAUAUGGUAUUUCAACCUGCAGUUCUAAAAAUUGCCAGCAACAUAAAUUUUAAUUUUCCAAAAUUGACUGGAAAUUUUGCUCAGAGCAUGCAGUUAAUUCUGAUACAAAGGAAAUCAUGUCUGUAUCACGGCAGUUAAUAUUUUGAGUUCCCUGUGUCCUGAUAUAGUUCCCACUGAUUUCCUAUAUCUAUGUGCUUCUCAUGGCUUUUAAAUAAUGUUCUUCUAUUUUCUUUCUCUGAGUUAUAAAUAAUGGACACAACCUGGUGGAAUAGGAAAGUCAGUUUAAAAAAUAGCCUGUUCCCUUUGCAGCAGAAAUAAAUGCCUGCCACUGCAUGUCUGAACAGAAUCAAUAUUAAUUAAAAAUAAAUAAAAAUAAGCAGCAGUAGAAGGCUGGCUGUUUAUGACCAUUAAUUAUGGAUAAAUAAUGAGGUAUUAAUGAAUUUUUAUUCAAAUGAAUAAAUAAAUGCAAAUGAUUUAUAAUGUAAAACUGGAACAGGCAUAAAUGCAUACGUUCUGUUAUUAUGAUGGUUCAUUUAAUUUAGAUAUCACACAGCUACGUCAGAAACAACAGAUAUUCCAUUCAGUUAUCUCCUGUACUUUAGUGCCAUUGUCCUAUGCCAUGAAAUCAGAGUUGAUGUGUCUGUCUAUAUCAGGGGUGUCAAACUCACGUCAUCACGGCAGCGUCAUGUGAUGUGUCAGGACUUUUCUCCCCUUCCCUAAACCAGGUGUGAGCAUGGCCAGCAUAUGACACAUCCAGCCCACGGGCUGGGAGUUGGACAGCCCUGGUGUAUAUGGUAUGUUUCAGUGAAGGUGAAAAAAACCUACCUUAGCAAGAAGGCUCCAUGUUUCUUACAUGGCACAGAGCCAUAUAUUGUCUUUGGGUAGCAGUGUAAAGUAGCUACAGAGGUGUUAAUAUAGCUCUAUUUCUGUUAGAUUGAGCAACAAUGUGGUGAUGGGUGAUGUACUGUAGGAGAAGCAGUGUGGGGUGAAAUAUUAUCUUAAACUUUAUAUUUUGAAAUGUGGGAGGCUGAAAAUAGGACUUUACAAAAAUUUUGAUUCAGUUCAUUACUCAUGGAAUUGAUUCAAAAACUAUAUAAAAUUAGGGUUUCUUUCCCAUGGA